CAAUUCAGUAUUAUCGUAGACAUCGUAGGUGGGGCUGGCCGUAGCCAAAGUUUGUGAUUAUGAAUUUGGUCUAUAUUGCGGUUUAGCAGCAACAGCAAACACUAUCAACUGACCGGUCCCGUAUGCCAUCCGCAGGAUGCUUCCCCAGUACGAACGCAUUGGGGAUAGCGAUUCCGGGGCAACCGAAACACCCGUCCGUAGCGCCGUUCGCAUCCGCUUCGGUAAGCUGGCCGUGAUAAUCGUGAUGUUCCCGAUUGUGGGUUUUCUCUUUUGUGUCGUUUGGUCCUUGUUGUAUAACUUCGAGCAGGCUAAUGCGACCCAUUGUUUAGUGUACAAUUUUCUACCUUCACUGUCGGCCGCAAUUGGGAACUAUCAGCCUCAGCGAAUAGUGUGGCAAUUUUCGGUGCUGGUGCACGCGCUACCGCGAUACGCGAUAGCGUUUAUGUACAAAAACUAUCACGUUGGUUUGCUUCGGAAGCGACGAAAGGAGCUUGCCUAUCUGGCCUGUAUUCUGAACAUCACCGAGCUUAGUUCCCUGGUCGGACUAACACUGUGGACAUCGAGCGAGAGCUAUGAAGUGCAUAAAUUUUGCUUCAGCACAUUUGUGAUAGCCUCCAUCAUUUACAUGCUGAUAUUGAUCGUAAUCAAUCGGAUAACGAGGGAGGACAUGUUAACGGUAUCGGAACGCAAGUCAAUGAAAUACAAGAAGCGGCUGUUUUUAACCAAUGUCUGUUCGAUUUUGUUUGCUGUUUAUUUCUUCGUAAGACAUAACAAUUACUGCGAACCGGGAGUCUAUUCACUCUUUGCAUUGAGUGAAUAUGUUUUCGUCUACAGUAAUAUAGGCUUCCACAUGACGGCCUAUUGGGAUUUUAUCAAUGCAAAUCUGUACUUCGGCUGGAGAAGUGGUAUACAUUUCUCUUCUGUUUAGAGUAGGGCUUAGGAAUUGUUAUUUAUGUGUAUCACAUCGUUUCGAUCGGUGCAGGCAACCUAGCGGAUAAGUAUUAUUAGAAAUACUUUUACGCAAACAACCAAUGACUGACGGAGGCCAAUAAUAAUGUUAUAGCUUAUGGUGAGGUUGGUCGAUAGAUUUGACAAUUUGUUUAAACCUAAACUUAUUGUACAAAUAGGGCUAAACGUAUUUUAAAAAGCUUAGCGAUAGUAUUUUUUAAUGAGCAUAUGGCAUAAAAUGCAAAUAAAACGGUUCAUUGCUGCUGUUCCCAA